AUGGUGACAGAGGAGGAGGUGGAGGCCAUCGGCCGGACGCUGGUGGACGCGGCCCAGCCCCUGCCCGCCCGGUUCCGGGCUCUCUUCACCCUACGCAACCUGGGCGGCCGUGCGGCCGUGGACUGGAUCAGCCGUGCCUUCGAGGAUGGCUCUGCGCUGCUGAAGCAUGAGCUGGCAUACUGCUUGGGCCAGAUGCAGGAUGAAGCGGCCAUCCCUGUGCUCAUCCGGGUGCUGGAGGACACCGGCCAGGAGCCCAUGGUCAGGCACGAGGCGGGUGAAGCCCUGGGUGCUAUUGGGAAUCCUGAUGUCCUGGAUAUACUGAAACGCUAUUCAGAGGAUCCCGUGGUUGAGGUGGCAGAGACGUGUCAGCUGGCAGUGAGGAGGCUGGAGUGGCUGCAGAACAAGCAGGAGCCGGGUGCCAGCCCCUACCUCUCCGUGGAUCCUGCUCCCCCUGCUGAGGAGACGGACAUCGCCAAACUCCGUGAAACCCUCCUGGAUGAGUCACGCACGCUGUUCGACCGCUACAGGGCCAUGUUUGCCCUGCGAAACCUGGGGGGUCAGGCUGCUGUGCUGGCGCUGGCAGACGGAUUGCACUCCGGCAGUGCCCUCUUCCGCCACCGCACGGAGAACCCCAUGGUGCGCCACGAGUGCGCCGAGGCCCUGGGUUCCAUCGCCCGUCCCUCCUGCCUGGAGACCCUGCGUGCCUUCGCCCGCGACGAGGAGCGGGUGGUGCGGGAGAGCUGCGAGGUGGCACUGGACAUGUACGAGUAUGAGAACGGUGCCCAGUUCCAAUACGCUGAUGCGCUCUGCAAGCUGCAGGCCUCUGCCUGA